AGAAGAAAGUCCUCCAUGUUGUGUUCGUGAAAAAUGCACAUGAUGCUGUCUUAGCUCAACUAAACUUUUCUGUCUUUUCGCGUGUUGGUAUUUUUUCGUUAUUCGCGCGGAUUUAAAGCUUCGGGGAGUGAUUCUAAAAUUCUAAAAUGAGUGACUUUUCGUCGCUUGGGCUCUCUGACUGGCUCAUUAAGCAGUGUAAGCAGUUAGGCAUCAACAAACCGACUGCUGUCCAGGAAAAAUGCAUGCCAGCUAUUCUAGAAGGUCGCGACUGCAUGGGUUGCGCCAAAACCGGAAGUGGGAAGACAGCAGCCUUUGUGCUUCCCGUGCUACAGAAACUGUCAGAUGACCCUUAUGGCAUCUUCUGCCUGGUGCUGACGCCAACUAGAGAGUUGGCGUACCAGAUCGCGGAGCAGUUUCGAGUCCUGGGGAAGCCGCUGGGUCUGCGCGACUGCAUCGUCGUGGGUGGAAUGGACAUGGUGAGCCAGGCCCUGGAGCUUUCCAACCAGCCUCACGUGGUGGUAGCCACACCUGGUAGGCUGGCCGACCACAUCCGGAGCUCCAACACCUUCAGCUUGAGGAGGAUCCAGUUCCUGAUCUUGGAUGAGGCAGACCGGUUGCUGGAGCAGGGCUGCACAGACUUCACCAAAGACCUGGAGGUGAUCCUCGGGGUGCUGCCGGCCAAACGGCAGACUCUUCUGUUCAGCGCCACGCUCACCGACACGCUGCAGGACUUGAAGAGCAUCGCCAUGAACAAACCCUUCUUCUGGGAGAGCACGUCCGAGACGCGUACGGUGGAGGAGUUGGACCAGAGGUACAUUCUGACUCCGGAGAAGGUGAAGGACGCCUACCUGGUACACCUGAUCCAGACCUUCACGGACGAGCAUGACGACUGGUCCGUCAUUAUCUUCACCAACACGUGCAAGAGCUGUCAAGUCCUCACCAUGAUGCUUCGCCAAUUUGACUUCCCUACCAUCAACCUCCACUCGAUGAUGAAACAGAAACAACGAUUUGCCAAUCUGGCCAAGUUCAAGGCCAGCGUCUAUAAAAUCCUGAUCGCCACAGAUGUAGCUGCCAGGGGCUUGGACAUUCCAACUGUACAGGUUGUCAUCAACCACAACACCCCCGGCCUGCCAAAAACUUACAUCCACAGGGUGGGCCGAACAGCCAGAGCAGGCAGGAACGGGGUGUCCAUCACACUGGUGACACAGUACGACAUCCAUCUCGUCCACGCCAUUGAAGAACAAAGUCAGACUAAAAUGAAGGAGUUUGCAGUGGAAGAGAAAGAAGUCCUGAAGAUCCUCACGCAGGUCAACGUGACCAAACGAGAGUGUGAAAUAAGGCUGGAGUCUACAGAUUUUGAUGAAAAAAAGGAGAUCAAUAAGAGGAAAGACAUGAUCUUGGAAGGAAAGGAUCCAGACAUGGAGGCAAAGAGGAAAGCAGAACUAGAGAAGCUCAAGCGCCAGAGAAAGAAAUUCAAAGAGCAGAUCCAGAAGAACAUUGAGGGACAGCUCAAAAGGAAAUUUAACAGCACACAUAAGAAAAAGGCAAAACAAGGAACAGAUUGACACUUGUUGGGGUGGUUUGCUCUUUUAUUACUGUGCAAUAUCAAAUACUUUCAUAUUUGUGACUGUCUGCAAAUCAACAUGACAUUUAUUUUAUAUAAUAAAUGAAAUUAUCAAUU